CCUGACGGUGGAGCACGAGCGCCCAGGGCCCUGGGAGAUGUUAGGCCCCGAAGCAGCGGCCAGCAGCGUGUCAAGGCUGCGUGGCUUUCUGGCUGCACUGCUGCUGACUGGCAGCGGGUUCCCGUUGUUGGGCACCCCGAAGCCACGAGCGGCCGGGACUGGCAGCGAGCCCAGGAGGGCGAGGAGCCCGGCUGACUCUGCACUGGGGCUGCACCAUCACCAGCGGCACCAGAGACACGUUGCUAGAAACAACUGUGCACCUGACGACCCCUUGUACUCGCCAAAGCGCUGCUGCCAGAAGUGCCCGGCAGGGAAGUUUAUGACAGCUCCCUGCACGAGCCGUGGCAACGACACGGCCUGCAAGAGCUGCCCGCCCGGCACCUACCUCUCCUUCCAGAACCUCGAGCGGGAAUGUCGAAAGUGCUCCGAGUGCCAAGCGCAAGCUUCCCAGCUCGUGCUGAAGAACUGCACCGAGACGAGCGACAUCGAGUGCGGCUGUGGGGCUGGCCACUUCAUGCAGUGCACGGACCCUGCCUGCAGAGACUUCACCUGCCAGGAAUGUCGCCGGUGCAAGGGCAGGGCCACCCUGAAGAACUGGCUUUCUGGCUGCACUGCUGCUGACUGGCAGCGGGUUCCCGUUGUUGGGCACCCCGAAGCCACGAGCGGCCGGGACCGGCAGCGAGCCCAGGAGGGCGAGGAGCCCGGCUGA